GUACCAGGACGUUUCUUUCGGCUGUGUCAGCCGCUCACGACUCUCUCCUGGUUGCUGCUCCCGCGCUCGGCAGCGCUCGGCAACCUCGCUCGCGCUCGUAAGCUCGCUCGUCGCGGCGCCAGCCAGGACGUCCCCUACUACUCACCACCAUCACAUCCGUGUCCUCCAAAAGCACCGCAAGCAGCCAGGGCACUAGCGCGGGAGAAAGAGCCCAAGACGCGCAACCAACACCGGCACCAGCAGCCGGCAGCGCCCCCCGCCCGCGUGCUGCCCCUCGCGCCACGACAUACAGCGCCUUGCGACUUCCCUGCCACCACCUGCCCUUCCUGAUCCCUGCGCACCCUGCCAUCCUCUGCUGACCACGGUAUCAUCAGCCCGCGGUAUGCAAGAGGAUGACGACUCUCUGGGCUGCUCGGCGCCGCCUGCCGCCACGCGCACGGCCUCCCCUGCUUCCAACCCUCCUGGCGCCGCCACCUCCUCCCGAUUCCAUAACCACGACGCGGCAACAGGAGGCGCAGUGACAGCAGCCGCAAUGGCAAGGCUUUGGACUAGUGGCGCCGGCGGCGGCAAUGCCACUGCCAUUGCCACUGAUGCUGUCGUGCCUGUGACAGAAGUGGGCGGCGGCGGCGGCGGCAGCCUUGUGCUUGCCGACAGCCGCCCCGGCCGCGGCCCCUUCGCACCACUUGCAGUGGCAGCGGCAGCAGCAGCGGCAGCGGCAGCACCACCAUUGCUCCCAUCGCUCCCACCAGCACCUGCAGUGCUUCUGCCACCAACAGCCGCCGCCUCCACCGCCCGCCAGCCGCUGCGGCAGCUACUGCCGGCGCACCUGUCUCCGUGCCGGCCUGGCCAGCAGCUACAGCCACAGCCACCAGCGCUACAAAGCAGUCGUCCUGGGAUUGGCACUGGCACUGGCGGCGGCAAGAAGAAAGCGGCGGCCCGACCCAGAUCGGCACUGGCGGCGGCCCGAAGCGCUGCUACUGCCGCGGCAAUGGCUGCUACUGCCACCGCUGCUCGCGAUGCUACAGCCAUUCACGGUGGCGGUGAAGGUGGCGGCGCAGGGGCGCCGUCGGCGCGUCAGCAGCCAGGGGUUGCGGCGGCGGCGGCGCUGCCGCCGCCCAUGUCGUCGCGGCUGUCGCCUUGGCCGUCAGCCACGCCGCCGCCGCCGCAGCUUGCAGUGGCGCCGCCAGGUCUCAUACAGCCGCCGCGGCAGUGGGAUUGGGGCUGGGACGGUGCCGCCGCUGGGUCCCUGGGUGAGGGCGGAGGUGCAGAUGCAGGGGACGCGGCAACGGUGGUGGGCGCGCAGACGGAGGGCAUCGGGCAGCGGCAGGCGGCCACACCCGAAGAGCAUGAGGCCACGGCAGUAGCCGCGGCAGCAAUGGAAGCGCUACUGCCAGCGGCUCCGGUGGAGUUGCUGACACCACGGGGGCAGUGGCAGCGGCAGGAGCCGCCGCCGCCGCAGCAGCAGCAGGAACAUAAGCAACAACCAGCUGUGUCCGCCGACCAGGCGGCACUGCAGCACCUGCUACAGCCAGCGACGUCGCUGCCGCUACUGCCGACGCCGCCGGGCGCGGACGUUCUGAGCAUCCUGCAGCCCCACACCUAUGCGCUGCUGCUACUGCCGCCGUCGCUACAGCCGCUGCUGUCACCUGGCGGCCUGCCGCCGCCGCCGCCGCUGUCGUCUGCGCACGCACCAUCAUCAGAACGGCCGCCGGCUCGGCGGCGGCUGAGCCCUGCAGGCGGCGCCGACGGCAGAGGCACCACCGCAAUGCAGCAUCCUGAGGAGGAGCAAGCCGCGCCGGCUGCGCUGCCACUGCCGCCGCAGCCUAUGGCCUCGGCACCGCCGCACUGGCUCGCCGCCGCGUGGGCCAACCGCACCUCUCCUGUUGGUGCCCUCAUCACCAAUAGCAAGGCAGCUGCUGCGGCGUUGCCAUUUCCGGCCGACCCACAUUCCGUCAUAAGAUACUACGGAGACAGCAAAACGGCGGCAACACAUCGCGGCGCCGGCGGCGCGGUCGCGACGGCCGGCUGGCAGCAGCCGCGCUCGUGGCAUGCGCCUCGGGAUCCGGGCGACUGGCGUCACCGGGGACUAGAGCGGGAGAGAGAACGGGAGCGGGAACAGGAGCGAGGACAGGAGCGGGGACCGGAGCGGGAGCAGCAGGACCGCUAUCGGCGGGACGACCGGAUUCAAGACGUGCAAGAAAGAGGAAGGGAACGGGAACGGGAAACAGAGCGGCACUCGGGCCGCGCAGGUGCAGGUGCAGCCGGCGACCAGCAGCGUGGCUCGCAGCGGCGGGAGGGGCCUGCUGAGCACAGCGGCGGCGGCAGCAGGCAGCGCAGCCGCAGCCGUGACAGCUACAGCCGGCGGCGGUACGACCACACCAGCUACAGCUACAGCUACAGUCGCAGUCGCAGUCGCAGCCAUGAGCGCGACGUCAGGGAUUGCAGCGCCGGACGCCCAGCGCUGCCUGGCCCCAUCUCCCAUCACCGGCCCGGUGGAGGGCGCCGCACUCGCAGCCGCCCACCACCGCCGUCACCCGCAGUGUCACCAUGCCACACCCGCCGUAAGCUCACCAUCAACCCCGCCGCCACAAGCCCCGCCGCCACCAGCCCCGCAGCCCCCAGCCCCGCCGCGGUCAGCCCUGCCGCUGCCAGCCCCGCCGCCGCCAGCUCCGCUGCCGCCGCCGCCGCUGCCAGUCCUGCCGCCGCCAGCCUGCCCAGCCCCUCCGGCAAGCGCAGUCGGCCGUCGAGGUCCCCCAGCCCCACUGGCAGGCUGCAGCGCCGCCUUGCGCUGGGCCGCGAGUCCCGUGAGGGCCGCGAGUCCCGUGAGGGCCGCGAGUCCCGUCAGGGCCGCGAGUCCCGUGAGGGCAGCCUUGAGGGCCGUGGGGGUCGUGAGGGCCGCGAGGGCAAGGUGGGGCGCAGUGCUGUGGGGCGCAGCAAUAGCCGCAGCGGUGGGCGCAGCCGCAGUCCUGCUGCGCGGCGGGUCGUGUGGCGGCGGCGGGACAGUCUGCAGGAGUUCGCCCAACUCCUUGAAACGGCACGUGCGGCCGCCGUGGUGCCGGCUGUAGCAGAGCCUGAGGCCGCGGCGCUGCAGCCACUGCCGCCGCCGCCAGCCGUAAUGCCAUUGCCAAGGCAGUGGGCGCACCAGACGCAGUCACGCGAGUCUGACGGAGGGGCGGCUGCGGCGGUACGAGUGCGCGGCAGCGGCGGCGGCGGCGGCGCUGGCGUGGCACGCCCUUUAAUGCGCACCGUAGCCGAGCGGGUCACCAGCCGCGACGCCAACCGCAGCAGUAGCCACUGCUACAGCCCUAGCUGCAGCCGCAACUGCAGCAGUAGCGGCCCGCUGGUACCGGCCCUGGAGCGAGAUGACGUGGAUGCGGAGUGGGCGGCGGGCGCGGCCGCAUCCUGGGGCCUGGGCUGGGAGGCCGCCGAGGAGGCGGAAGCCGAGGAGGCGGAAGCCGAGGAGGCGGCGGCGGAGGAGGAGGAGGAGGAGGAGGAGGAGGCGGAGGUAGGAAAGGAGCACGCGGCGGUUGAGGCUGCGGAAGGGCGGCCCUGGAGGCAGCAGCAGGCGGCCGCCGCCGCCAUCAAUUGGCCCCAGAGGUCCGCCGGCAGAGUCAGAGUCAGCAACAUGAGCGGUAAGACGCACGCGUCGCCGCCAGCAGCACAGCUGUCGCCGCCAGCAGCACAGCUGUCGCCGCCAGCAGCACAGCUGUCGCCGCCAGCACAGCCGUCGCCGCCGCCGCCGCCGCAACCGCAGUCCCCGGCACCCUCCAUGCUGCUACACCUCUCGCCUGGCGGCGAUCUCGCGCCGCCCGCCACCGUUACCCGGCCAAGCGCCGGACCAACCGCUCCAACCGCCAUCCACCAACCGCCGGUGCUGCCUCCAGGCGAGCUGUUCACCUCCGUUUCCCGAGCCCUCCGCAGCAGCGCCCGCCAGUGUACGGCGGCGACCACCGUUAUGUACGGCGGCGGCGGCGGCGCUGGCGGCGGUCCUGGAGGCGGCGGCGGCCGUGACGGCGGCCCCGCGGAGCGCCUGCGGCGGCGCUCGCCUGCAGCAGGUGUUGCGGGAGGCCGGGAGCAGCAACAGGCGGCGGAGCAGUGGCGGCAGCCCCCAGCGAGUCGUAGCAGGUCGGCAUCUGCAUCCCGCAGUGCCAGGGACGGUGGCGGUAGGGAUGGUGGUGGUGAUGAUGGCGGUGGUGGUGGCGGUGGUGGCCGUUUGUUUGAUGGCGGCGGCGACUUCUUGGCAGGCCGGCGGCGGGAGCAAACGCGCCAAGGGCAGCGAUACGAGGGUGAUGAGGAGUGGCGCAGCUGCAGUCGCAGCCAGCAACCGCAGCCGCAGCCGCAGCAGCAGGUACCGCAGCCGCAGUACCACAAUGCGGCAGACUGGUGGGAGCCGGAGCAGCAGUGGUGGCAAGGGCGGGACGGGGGGCGAGGCCGGGGGCGGGACUGGCCACGGGAGGAGCACGAGUGGCGGCGGAGGGAGGAGGAGGACCGCCGCCGCCAUGGUGGGGUUGCAGACUACUCGACACGGCGGCAGGGUAGCUAUGGAAGAGAAGCCAGCGGUGGCGGCAGGGAGGCGGCGGGCGGCACGGCGGCAGGCGGCGGAGAAGCGGCGGAGGGAUGGUACGGCGGCGGUAGGCGCAGCGGUGGCUGGCAACAGCAGCGGCAUCCAUCCGACCGUCGCGGUGGCGGCCGCGCCGGACGGGCUGGUGGCGGCGGCGGCGGCGGCGGCGGCGGCGGCGGCGGCGGUGAGGGCGCCAUUAGUCCGGAGGCGGUGCGCAUCAAUCUGGCCAUUCGCAACGCCGGAGACGACUUCCGAGCCGUGCUGCAGGUGGUGCGGGAGCGCGGGGAGGAGUUUGAACCCGUCAACGCCGCCUCGGCCUUGCACCGCAUCGGCUCCUGCGGCUUGGGCGGUGGUGGCGGCGGCGGCAGUGCGGCUCUGCGGGCGCUGCUGGCGGACCGGCACUUCCUGAGGCUGCUGCGGCUCAUUGCAGAUCGGCACCUGCCGCUCUUCACCGCCCGCAAUGUUGCCAACUCGCUUUGGGCCCUGGCCAAGAUGGGACUGGGCGAGUGGCUGCACAGCCCCACGGCUGUAGCAGCUACUGCCGCCGCAGCCACUGCCACUGCUGCUACAGCCGCCGCCGGCAGUAGCCGCCUCGGCGACCAGCAGCAUGUGCAGCAGCAGCAGCGGCAGGAGGGGCAGCAGGCUCCGCUGCUUGUGGGGCUGUGUGCGCGGGCGGCGGCCACUGUGGGCGACUUCACGCCGCAGCACGUGGGCAACACGCUGUGGGCGCUGGGGCAGCUGGGCCACCACCCCGGCGAGCGGCUGCUGUCGGCCUUGUGUCAGCGCCUGCUGGACCCCGAGGUGCUGGCGGAGGCGCUGCCUCAGAACGUGUCAAACACGCUGCUGGGCCUGGCACACAUGCUGGGAGGAGGCAGUAGCAGCGGCAGCGGCAGUAGCAGCAACACCGGCAGUAGUACCGGCAGUAGCAGCACGCCGCCGCCGGGCGGGGAGGCCUGGCUGGACGCUCUGGCACGUGGUGCGGUGUUGCCGCGCAUCCGCGAGUUCGCGCCGCAGGCCCUGGCGAACACUGCCUGGUCGCUGGCGCGAUUCGGCAUCCCGCACCGCGCCCUGUUGGAGGCCGUGUUCGCCGAGUCUUCUCGGCAGCUCGGCUCCUUCAACCCCCAGAACGUGGUGAACCUGGUGUGGGCGGCGGCGCGGCUGGAGCUGGCGGUGGGGGCGGCGCCGGUGGCGGCAGCGGCUGUUGGUGGCGAUGCAAGUGGCAGUGGUGGUGAGGGCGGCCGGCCCUCCGGCCCUUCGUCCCUGCAGCCGGCCGUCAUGCCUCACGAGCUGGUGGUGGCUUGCUGCGAGCAGGCCGCGGCGGCCGUGCGGACCUACUCCCCCCAGAACCUGUCCAACCUGCUGUGGGCAACCGCCAAGUUGGGAGUACGACAUGACCCGCUGCUGCGGGCGGCGGCGCGCCGGGCGGCGGCGCAGCUGGCGGCGCAGCUUAGUAAUGCCGGCAGCGCCGCUGCCGCCGGCGGCGCCAGGCGCCGCCGGGAGGAUGACGUGGCAGCGGCGGCGGCGGCGGCGGAGGACAGGGAGGGAGGAGGUGCAGGCGGCAGGGGCGGAGGGGGUGGGGGAGGAAGAGGUGGAGGCGGAGGCGGAGGCGGAGGCGGGGAGUGGUCGAGUCAGAGUGUGGCUAACGCGCUAUGGGCGUAUGCGACACUGGGGGCGCGGCCGGAGGGAGAGCUGCUUGAGCAGGUGUGUCGGCACCUGUCCUGUCCCCGCCAGCUGCGCGCCUACUCCUGGCAGCACCUCGCAAACAGCGUGUGGGCGCUGGGCAGCCUGGGGCACGCCGAGCUGACGGCCCUGGAGGCCGUGGAGAGGGAGGUGACAGACCGACUGCUACUGCCGCCGCCAGCUGCAGCAGACCGACUGCUAGUACAGCCGGCAGGGAGGAGAGGAGGAGAGGAGCGGCAGCCCUCGGGUGUCAACGCCGGCGGCGCAGAUGCUGGUGACGGUGGUGGCGGCGGGCUGGCGGCGGCGACCGGAGGAGCGGCGGCGGUGACUGGAGGAGUGGCGGCGGGGUUGGCGGCGGGUUUGGAUCCUGUUCAGGUGGCGGCGCUGAAGCCGCAGCACGUGGGCAACAUGCUGUGGGGGUACGGCAGUCUGGAGGUGGCGGCGCCGGGGCUGUGCGGGGCGCUGCUGCGCGUGCUGGCGGCGCGAUUGCCCGACUUCUCGGAGCAGGAGAUCAGCAACAGUGUGUGGGGCGCGGCCCGACUGGCGCACUACGAACCGGCCGUCAUGGACGCAGUAGCCGAACACAUCGUGUCUGGAACAGCGGCAGUAGCAGCUACGGCAGUAGCCGGCAGCGCAGGCGUUAUCGGCGGCGGCUGUGGGGGACGGCUGGCGGCGCUACUGCCGCAGCACGUGGCCAACGUGGCGUGGGCGUACGGAAGGCUGACUCACGCCCACCGCCCCCUGUUCGACGGCCUGGUGGCCCGCACCGUACAGUUCUGCGGCAGCCACAGCUACAGCCGCGGCGGCGGCAGAGGCGGCGGCGAUGGUAAGGCUGCUACAGCCGCUACAGCCGUCGCUGGUCAUGGCAGCAGCACGCACAGCGCCGGCCAGGGCGCUGCUGGUGGCAGCGGUGGCAGUGGCGGCAGUAGCGGUGGCAGCAGCAGGGCGGCGCUGACGAUGCAGCACCUUGCAAACGUGUGCUGUGCCGUGGGCGUGUUUGGCUGGCGCUACCCCGAUCUCAUUGCGGCGGCGGAGGAGAGGCUGGAGCAGUGUGCGGUGGCGGCGCGGCUACUGCCGGCGGCGGCGCCAGCGCCAGCGCGAGAAAUGGCGCUGCUGGUGAUGGAGGGCGGCAGCGGCGGCGACGGGCGCGGCGGCCAGCAGUUGCUGGCCGCUGCUACUGCUGAAAAGGCAGCUGCUACUGCCAAGGAGGCAGAGACAGUGGACGGUGACCGGGAGUCAGGAGAGCUGCAGGAGGCUUUGGCAGUAGCAGGAGAGGCCGCCGGAGGACAGCUGGCAGUGGCAGCAGCAGCGGCAGCAGCACCUGGCAGUAGCAGCAGCCUGCUGGACGCUCCUGGCCAGCCGCCGCCGGCACAGCAGCCGCCCCAGCUACAGCCGCCCCAGCUACAGCCGCCCCAGCUACAGCCGCACCUGGCCAUCACGGCGCAGCAGGCCUGCAACCUGGCCUGGGGGCUGAGCCUGGUGGCGGGCUGUAGCAGGCGGUCCUGGCAGCUGCUGCUACAGCUGCUGGAGGGGGCGGUGGAGGGGCAGGGGGGUCUGGAGGAGAUGCCGGCAGAGGCGCUCACGCAGAUCUACCAGGCCUACCUCCACGUGUCAUUAGACCACCCAGACCACAACCCUGCCGCCGCCACGGGCGCCGCCACCGAUCGGCUGCCGCGGUCGCCUUCGCCUCCGCCGCUGGCCCGGGGCCCGGCGGGCCUGCUGCAGCGCGGUGCGGCGGUGUGGCGGGUCAACAGCGCUCUGAACAAGCAGGUGUCAGCCUUUCAACAGGACGUGGGCAGAGCUCUGGAGCGGCUGGGACUGCCGUACCGCAUGGAGGCUCUGACGGAUGACGGGCUCUUCUCAAUCGAUCUCGCCGUUGAGGUAGAGGUGGAGGUGGAGGUCGACGUGGAGGUGGCGGAGAAGGAGGCAGGAGGAGCGUGUGUGUCAGGGGCCUCAGCAGUCGCGGCGGCAGGAGUAGCAGGCGGGGCACCGCCGACCACGGCCGACCACGACCCGCCGCCGCAACCACGGAAGAAGGCGGCGGCGGCGCAUGAUGAGCGGGCGGUGGCGGCGGCGCCUGGGGCGGAGGCAGCAAACGGCGGUGGCAGUGAGGCUUGUGGUGCCGCUAUCGGCGAAGCAGAGCCUGCCGCUGACGCUGCAUCUGCCGGCGCUGAGAGCUGCAGGCAAGCGGCAGCAGCAUUGGCGCUACCGCCGGCGCUGGCGCCACCAGCUUGCCUCCCACGUGCUCCCGGCCCCGAUGACGGCACCUCUGUUUCACACCAUGGCGGCGGCCACCCAAACCCUUCUCAAUACGGUGGCAGCGGCAGUGGCGUCGCCAGCAAAGCCGGCGGCGUCGCGAGCAACGCCGGCGGCAGUAGCAGCAAUGUCUGCAGCUGUAGCAGCAGCCGGCCGCUGCGGAGGCUGCUGCGUGUGGCGGUGGAGGCGGACGGGCCGGCGCACUUCACCGCGAACAGCCGGCAGCCGCUGGCCAUGACCACCUACCGCCGCCGGUGCCUGGAGGCGCGGGGCUGGGUGGUGGUGAGCGUGCCGCACUGGCGCUGGUACCGCACAGCACUGGGGGACAGCGCGGCGGCGGCGAUAGCGGCGGCGGCGGCGGCGCAGCAAGGGCGGCAGGGGCAGGGGCACGUGCAGGGGCAGGUGGUGGUGGUGGUGGAGGGAGGACGACGGCAGUCCGCGGAGCAGCGACGGCAGGAGCAGGGGCAGGGGCAGGCGGCGAUGGAGAUGGACGCAGUCGGGGAGGCAGGCUGGGCCGGCGGCAGCAGGGCGAAUGCGGGGCGAGUGACAGCGGCCGGGGCGGGCGCGGGGGCGGGGCCGGGGGCUGUGGGGGAGCUGAGCCCUGCGGAGCGGGAUGCGGUGUUGGUGCAGCUGUUGCGGGAGGCCGGUGCGGGGGCGGUGCUGCGGCGGCGACGCGGCGGGGCUGAGUUGCCUCACCGAGGUGUGCAAGGCUAGCAGGUCAGGCGAUGUGGACAGGAGAUGGGGAUGCAUGACUGUGUCGAAACCGCCAACCGCUCUUAGCGAGGAGCGAGCGCGCUCUAUCUUAGCGAGGAGCUAGGCAUGGAUGUUCGAGAGUGCGUGCGCUAAUUGCCGGAUAGUGAGAAUAGACAGGAGCUACCAAUAAAGCACUGGAGACCCGGCAGAGCAGUCCACAUGCGCCAGGUAGUAGUGGCGUGUAUGUAGCAGUGCGGUGACCGCAUCGGGGGUCGCAGCAAGGGAGCGCAGGGGCGCAGGGGCGCAGGCUCGUGUCAAGUCGCCCGCAUGGGGAUCAACAAUGCCCCUGUGCUCCCAUAGAUUACCACAAGUAGGGUAAAUGUAAGCGUUUGACCUG